AUGCAGUUCCUAUAUGUUGUUACUGCAUUUCUUCGUACAGCAUUCACAGAUCCAGGAAUUAUACCACGGGCCACACGUCCUGAAGUAGAAUGGACUGAACUGUCAAUUAGUACUGGAGAUGUAUCUGUAAAUGACUCGAAUAACAAAAGUGAGCAUGAUGUAAAUGCAGUUCGAACUUAUCCACCCGGUGCCAGAACACGUCAAAUUCUAAUUGGAGAUCAUCUAGUCAAAAUUAAUUAUUGUCAUAGUUGUCGAAUUUUCCGUCCACCAAGAGCGUCACAUUGCUCUUCGUGUGAUAAUUGUGUUGAACGUUUUGAUCAUCAUUGUCCAUGGAUUGGAAAUUGCGUUGGCCAAAGAAACUAUCGUUAUUUUAUAUUGUUCAUAUAUUCUCUGAGUAUCUAUUGUCUUUAUAUUUUAGUAUUUUCAAUAGUCAAUUUAAUUUUAUUAUACGAAAAGUAUGACGAUAUUAUAAUGGCUAUCAAGAUUUCUCCCGCUUCAUAUCCUUUUCAUGUGAUUUUUGAUAAUAACGUGUUGAUGUUAUUAUAA